UAAAUAUGGCAUAUACACCGCUCGCGAAGAGUUUUGGUGAGUUACCGGAUAUGGCAGGAGACGCCAAUAUUUACGAGCUGAAAGACGCUAACGUCCCCGAGACAGCCAAAGAAGUUCUUGUUUAUCUUUGGGCAACAACAAAAGGCGACGAAGCAUUUCACCGUUAUUAUUAUCAGAUUGAGACAAAAGAUGGCAAAAAAUCCUAUCGUCAAUACAUGAACGUUGCUGCAAGCCACGAUGUCUCUCUCAAUUCUGCCAACAUUUGGCUACCAGUGUUUAAAGAUCAGUUUCAAGUUACAGUAAAUUUGAAAGACGCAGAAACACCAUCAAACAAGAGCAGCAAAAGCAUUGCACAUCGGGAUGGAAAAGCAAAACAUGAAGUUACGUUCAGUGGAUUCUUUGUCAUUGGUUAUCGUUGAAAAUCCCCGUAAAAAAUUUCAAAAAACUCCGCAUUAAUUGAUUUCUUACAUAUACCUUUAUAUUUUUUAAUGUUGAACAUUUAGUUUUAGCAACAAAGCAUUGAACAUGCUGAACAAAAUAAAAACGAUAAAAAAGCGUG